AUCACAGUGUCCCGAGAUACGAUCUGCUAAUACCGAGCAAUCCACCAUCUGGAGCUGCUUUUUUUUUCAAGGUAAAAUGGACUCCCUUGGCAUAUUUUCUUCCCUUUCAUCAUCAGCGGAAGAACCACCAGCAACAACAGCGAGUCCCGUUUCGUGGCCUAUUCAAGGCAUCUAUCUGUCUGAUACAAUAUGCCUACCGUGGCCCUCCCUUCCAAGACAGACGCCCCAGUGGCGUACGAGAUCUUCCCAGGCGAUGCCGCCAGCAGUCUCCUUGUCGUCUGUCUGAACGGCCUCGGCCUCGCUCAGGGCGUUUGGAAGCCGACCAUCGACCUCGUUCAGCAGUCGAGUCUCUCCCCGAAGCCGUGGAUACUUACGUACGACCGCUACGGCCAGGGCGCUUCGGCAAGAGACCCGCGCGAAAGCUGGCCGAACAAGGAUCCCGGCUACGCGCACACGCUAGACGAUGUCACCGACGAUCUUCACGAGUUGAUUCAAACUCUGUCUCCAGACCGCUGCUCCCGCAUUGUCUUCGUUAACAACAGCAUAGGAGCCCACGUGGCGCGAAGAUAUGCGGACAGAUAUCCUACCAUUGUCGAAGGAAUCCUCUUCCUCGACUCCAACCCGGGAAACACCGACUACGCCCAGAUCUGGCCCAAUCCGAAGGAUCCUUCCUCCGAUCUGGAGAAGAUGGCACCCCCGGACACCCCGCUCGGUGUGUACGAAGCCGCCUACGCAAAGAUGACAACGAUAUUUGCGUCGGACGCCAAAAACAACGAAGGCUUCGAUCGGCGGGAGAUCAGAAACAUCCUCCCCGACCCAUCUAAGCCCAAGCUGAAGGGAUCGAAGACUUCGGGUAAAGGCCCUUGGGUGACCGUCGUGGGUCAAGAGCUCGAACAAUUCUCCCAGGAGGAGUCGGCUAUGCUGAAGGUUCCUUUAGGCAUGGCCGCGAUGUAUACUCAACCUAUGUGGGAGAAGUACAACGAGGGGCUCUGCGGUCUUACCGACCCGGACAGGGCGAAGGGGCCGCUGAUCGCACCCAAGUGUGGGCACUUUGUCCAGAAGGACAACCCGCCUUUUGUCGCUGAGCAGCUGGAAGACCUCAUCAGCAAGGUUGAAAGUUCCCACUGACUCGGUGAAAAGCUCUGAGGGUAUCCGCGUCGGCACACCAAGUUAGCAUCUGAGCAGUACCCCUUUUCUAUAGCUUGUGCAGUGCACACCAGUUCCGCGGCAACAUAAAUUCAGCGAACAAUCGUUAUUUUCCUG